GCAGCGACUGGGUAAGGCCAAAUGUAACCAGGAAAGGAUCCUGGGUGAUGGUCGUGUUUGUUUCUUGUGAAUUCAGUCUAGCGGCUUACUUGAGUUGAUGAUGCCAGGAAACAUGUCAACAGUUAGAUUUGCUUGUGUCUGGGGCACACUUGGAGAUAUCGCCAUAGUGUGUAUAAUUGGCAUUAUAUCUGGUCUGUUGAGGCAUAUGGUCACACCCUUUCACCGAGGAUUUUUCCAGAAUGAUGAAAGUCUUAUGCAUCCAUACAGGGACUCAACAGUUACAUCAGCUGUCAUGUACUCUGUUGGAUUUACAGUUCCCUCCCUUGCUAUACUACUUUUAGAAGGAGGCUGGGUUUUCACUGUGGUGGCACGCAACAGUAAUUAUGAACUGGCAUCAGUCAAAUCAAAGAAGAGUUUGAUUUACUUCUGGUUAUGGCGGGUACUCAGAGUCUGUAUUAUCUUUUACUUCGGUGUUGUUGUUACCCAUCUGGCCACAAACAUUGGCAAGUAUUCCAUAGGCAGGCUUCGUCCACAUUUCUUUGAUGUAUGCAAGCCAGACUGGAGUAAGUUGAAUGGUACAGGUGCUGGAUCAUUUUACAGACCAUUCCCAUACAUAGAAGAAGACAUUUGUACUGGUCAGGACUCUGCUCUUAUUACAGAGGCAAGGGUGUCUUUUCCCUCAGGACAUUCUUCCAAUUCCGUGUACUGUAUGGUGUUUCUGGUGAUCUAUAUGCAAAGGCGUCUUCUGUGGGAGGGGAUGCUGCUGAUCAAGCCUUUUCUGCAGACUGUCUUCCUGUUAUUGGCCAUCUACACAUGCUUGUCUCGAGUUUCGGACUACAAGCAUCAUCCAACUGAUGUUCUAGCUGGUGGACUCCUGGGACUCAUCGUUGCUGUUCUGGUGCUCUAUAGUAUGAAGGAAAAGGUCUUUCCCACAGAGCAGAUGCUUAUGAAAGACUCUGACAGCCGUAUGCUUCUCAUGGAAGCUCUGAGUGGCCAUCAUGUGAAUGAGGCUAAGUCAUAUGGAUCGUGUGAAAGCACCCCAUGAUGAUGUUACGCCAGAAAGCACUGUACAUUGACUUGAAGAGUUUGUUACGUAAUGCUGAAGGACGAAGAGUACGUUUUGCAGUUUUGCAUUUUUUUCGAUUGGUAUCUGUGACAUUGCACUUGUGCACGUUCAAUGGUUAAGAAAUGUUUUUUUUAACUUCUUAUAAAAGUGUUUGUGGCAACUCUCA